AUGACCUUCUGGGUGACGCUGGUGAACGUGGCGACGGGCGUCGCCGACAUCUUCUUGCGUCUGAGCCCCGUGCCGGACAUCUACAACGUGCACCGCAACAAAAGCAUCGGCGAAGUGGCCGAGCUGCCUCUAAUCACGAUGGUCGUGAAUUGCCACCUCUGGAUGACCUACGGCUACGCGACAGAUAGCUGGUUCCCGCUCUUCGGCUCGCAGCUCUUCGGCGAGCUCGUCGGCAUCGUGUACAACAUCGUGUACUACCGCUGGAGCCCCGCGGAGAAGCGCCAGCGACUGCGCAAGUUCUACGCCAUCGCCUUCGCCGUGUGGUGCGUCGUCUCGCUCUACGUUGUCCUCGGCGUCUCGGGCGUCUUUGGCCAGACCAAGUCGGACGUCGGCACGUCGCUCGGCUACGUUGGCUGCGCCUUCAGUCUGUCCAUGUUCUCGUCGCCGCUCGCCACGCUCAAGCACGUCGUGAGCACCGAAUCGUCCGCCUCCAUCCCAAUCAACAUGUGCACCAUGAUCCUCGUGUCCGCGGCGCUGUGGACGGCCUCGGGCAUCCUGGAGAGCGACUACUUCGUCGCCAUUAUCAACUUCGUCGGCGUCCUCCUGAGCUGCACGCAGAUCGUCAUCUACUUCAUGUACAGACCCGGCAAGAGCGACGAGUCCGUGGCGGACCUCGAGGCUGGAAAGGACGCGGCGUUUGCUGCAAUGAGCCCUAAGGUCGAGCCGCACACCACUGUGCUCGUCGAGAGCCCAGCAUACUACAAGCCUGCGCCUUCCCCGCUAGUGAACGGCAGGGUGUAG